AUGAUUAUACAACGGACACUGAAACAGAUAGUGGUAGGAGUGGCUGCGCUGGCUUAUUUCCAGAGGGCCGCCUGUGAGCUGCUAGUAGGCGAUUUACAACACAUGACAUAUUAUUGGAAGCGCAAGAUAGACUUCAUGCAAAGAGAGCUUAGAAUCCGCGAUAAAUUUUUGAAUGAAGUGAAGAAUUUCAAAAUUACAUCUUCUGAAGUUCGUAAACAGUAUAUACAAAUAAGAAAAGAAGAUCUGUUGAGAAUAAAUAGAAUAUUCAACAAUUUUGAAAUAAGUGCAAAAAAUGUAAUAGAUAAAGCAGAGAAGCUGGUAAAUUCAGCUGUAAGCCAGCUUCCAGAACAAAAAGUAGAAAACCAAGGCCGUGCUAUAGAAGGCCUAGUUCUACAAGCCUUUCAUGACAUUGAUUCACUAAAUAACCAGAUAAAAAAGUACGAUUCGUAUAUGCUAGAAGUAAUAAAGGUGCAGAGCAGUAAAGAGAAAAACAGCAACAAAAAAGUGCAGGAUCUUACGCUGUAUAAGCUAGCAAUGUGCAAUAAGCCCUUCGCUCUGUACAUAAUAUACACUCUUUUCAGAGCACAGCCGUACGAACAAGGUGCUGAUAUAAAAGACGCAGUGACAAAUAUGCAUUUUAAAGAAUACUUUCAUCAUCACACCGGAUUUUCUGCGAAUUUUACAGAUUAUACUAGCGCCAUAUCAAAUGAUGUGAAAAAAGGCGGGCUAGACCUGCUGGCACUGGCUGACAAGCAUCUUCCCAUACUCUUUAACACGGCUGAGGGCAGUGCAGGUGUGGUCGACAUUUAUCUUAUCUUGGCACAGAAGGAAAUUUCUGAGGACGCUAUGGCCCAGUGCAAGAACAUUACGCCAGGACAGGUUGUGAAAGUAAUAAUGAUAGAGUGCAUAAUAACUGGAGCGCGCAUGGACUAUAGAAGAAACUGGCUGUUUUUUAACCUUGAAAAGAUAAUAAAAAAUAUAGGAAGGCCGGCCAAUAAAGAAAAAUAUAGCGACCAAAUCCAAAUACUGAAAAGCAAACAGAAUAUGAUACUUGAUGCUCUGUGCCUUUUGUGGAUUGAGCCCAAGAUCUAUAAAGUCAUAACGCAGGGAGACAUCAGUCUUUUCUGCAGAAACAACCACAUAAAAAUAGAUAAUCUCUUGGCUUUGCAGGGCUUAUUUACAUCAGUCAGAUGGAUGUACAGGAUGGAAGUAGCCAUGCCGUCAAAAGAGGCUGCGCUUAGAGAUCCAACACUGCUGGAAAAAAUCUACUUUGACAUGUUUUACAUACACCCCAUGGCCUAUCUGUACCAGCGGUACAAGGAUCUAUGCAGCUUUACAAAGGCAGGCAUUAAAUCGGAUGCUAGACCUUUCGCAGAAAAAGCUUCAGAUAAAAUCACACUUAUGCUGUACAAAGUAAAAGAAAACAGCGUUUUGGCAAAUACUGAGAACAUAAAAGACUGCAUUAGAGCAUGGUUUAUAAAGCAUAUUAAAAUUGCCUAUAGAGAAGAAGAUGACAAACAGUAUUACAACAUAGUAAUUGACUUCAUGGAUUAUCUGAGUAAAUCAACGUAUAUGGACACAAAAGCACCAAUACUUAAUGAUCCUAAAAGAGAAAAGUGUAGACUCUAG